GCCUAGGGUCACGUCGGCGUCUGUGUUUUCGUCUUUUUGAGUUUAAACCUGAGCGUCUCAGUCCACAGUCCUAUACGCCUGGAGUUUUGGGGUUGCUACGGACGUUAACGUUCCUGCACCCGUGCCUCUUACCUUCGGACUGACAUCUCAGGACUCACCUUGCCUGAGAAAGAAGCCCUGAAGAGGAAGAAGAGGAAAGGACAAGGAGUCAGGAAUGACUCUUUCUCAGGCACUGUUGACAUUCAGGGAUGUGGCCAUAGAAUUCUCUCAGGAGGAGUGGGAAUGCCUGGACCCUGCUCAGAGGGCCUUGUACAGGGACGUGAUGUUGGAGAACUACAGGAACCUGGUCUCCCUGGGUCUGUCCUGUCACCUCUGGUUCUGGAAACCUGUACCAGCCUGUGGGCUCUCAUCUUCAAGACCACUGCCUAGCUGAAGAACAGGGAUGGGUCAAGAUAUGUCUACCAGAUGUGUGAUCAAAGAAUUAUCACCAAAAGAGGACAUUAAUAAUGGAGACUUAUUUCAGACAUUGGCUUUUGAAAGACUUGUAAGUCAUGAUUUUGAUGAUUUUGAUUUCAGUGAAGUCCAGCAAAA